GAUGUCAUUCCUACCCGCCAGUUUGCUGUCAGCCUCUAGAGUCAGACUGUGUUGUGCAGCACAGGUAGCUUGUGGCCAAUGCCACAGGCUCGACCUGCCGAGAGAAGUGGACUGUCAACCUCGGAAAGAGCUACCAAGGUGGCCUCAACAGACAUCUCUUGUCCCCUCGUGGCUCUGAGACUGAAGGGAGAGUGCCUGUGGACUCACCAGCAUGUCGGAAUUAAAUAAAGAGGUGGUGGAUUUAGUUUGGGGGAGACCCUCUAGUGGAGGAGUGUCUGCCUCCAUCUUCCGUAGAUGGACCCAAGGAUUUGUUUUUUCUGAGAAUGAGCAAACGGCACUUGAGCAGUUUGAAGGAGGGCCGUGUGCUGUCAUUGCACCUGUUCAGGCUUUCCUCUUAAAGAACAUUCUCUUCAGCAGAGAAAGUUCCAACUGGAGACAGAUGACAGAGGAGGAGCAGAAAACAGCACUGUGUUCCACGCUGAGUGAAAUCCUGGAGUCCGCCUGCUCCAGCCCCUCCACAGGGUUCUGCCUGGUGACCUGGGCCAAGGGACAAAGCCCACAUACUAGCACACAUAGCAACCCACAGACACAGUCACAAUCACAAACACAGGAUAUGCCAGCACCAGAGAGCAGCCAGACGCCACAGGAGCAGCAACCCACUGCUUUGGCUGCUGAGGAACUUGGCUUUGAGCGGUUUCACAGUGUUCUCCAUAAGCGGACCGUAAUGUCAGUGUCUGGUCUCAGAGAGGAGGUGUUGUCUCUCUACCACACCUGGAGGGGGUGCUGUGGAGUCUUGCUUUUCCUCUACUCUGUCAUCCUAACCAAGGGCAUAGAGAAUAUAAGAAAUGAGAUCCAGGACACGAUGGAGCCUCUCAUAGACCCUGUGCAUGGCCAUGGCAGUCAGAGCCUGGUGAACCUCCUUGUAACUGGCCACGCUGUCUCUAAUGUCUGGGAUGGAGAUAGGGAGUGCUCUGGCAUGAAGCUGCAUGGUAUUCAUAAACAGGCAUCAGUUGGCUUCCUCACACUUAUGGAAUCACUACGCUACUGCAAGGUCGGGGCAUUCCUCAAGUCUCCAAAGUUCCCUAUUUGGAUCCUUGGCAGCGAAACUCACCUCUCUGUGUUUUUCACUAAGGAGAUGUCCCUGGUAGGUCCAGAGUCUCCAUCAGAACAAGCAAGGAGGGUCUUCCAGUCAUUCGAUCCUGAAGAUAAUGGCUUCAUCCCAGAAUCUCUGCUGGAGGACGUGAUGAAAGCCCUUGACCUUGUCUCAGAGCCUGAAUAUGUCAGUCUGGUGAAGAGCAAGCUGGAUCCAGAGAGUUUGGGCAUUAUUCUUCUGGGCCCGUUCCUGUUGGAGUUUUUCCCUGAUCAGGACUCAGGAAUCCCAGACUCAUUCCCCAUCUACCACUACAAUGGACUGAAACAGUCCAACCACAACGAGAGGGUGGAGUAUGUGGAGGGGACGGCUCUGGUGCUGGGUUUUGAGGACCCCAUGGUUCGGACAGAUGACACUCCAGUGAAGCGCUGCCUCCAGACCAGGUGGCCCUACAUCGAGCUGCUGUGGACCACCGACCGCUCCCCGUCACUCAACUAGCACUGACACGCUCCGUUUGUAUGGUUCUAUGUGGAUGGACCACUACUGCUCCACACACACUUCUUUGGCUUCCCGGCUGCAUACUGACUCUCCA